AUGCCCCAGCAGGCUCCUCGUCAAGUUAACAUGCCUGAUAACUCUGACUCGUCCGAAUAUGAAUCAGACUCUGGUCCGUCUGCAGGGGUCUCGUCAAUUAGCAAUCAGCCAUCAAUCUUGAAUGGUCGAAUGCUGCAACACGAGGACAUGGAGUACGGUAUCAUUGCAGAGAUGUUCCCACCCGCACACCGCAUCCUCAAACUUCCUGUGCCAAAUCCUCCACCUGCCAUCCUAUCUGGGAGUCACUAUGCAACCAAGAGCGCAGAAGAACUCUGUCUCGUAACAGAGCUAUACUCACUUCUCCCAGAUCAUCUCCAUCGCUUUGUACUGACUACUCAUUUCCAAUUGUUGCUGGGACACCAUCUUCAAGGUGGUUGCUCAAGCGAGAUUGGCAAGUUGCGAGUGAUGGCAGGGUGUAUUUUUGGUCUUGAUUCUUCCUACUUCGACACCGGCUUUACAAAGCGAGAUACAAUUCUCGAAAUCCAGAAGCUGCUUGGUCAAUCAUCUUCGAAGUUUCCACCUGUCCUUUUUAUGGGGCAAGAAAUGGACCCAACGAUGUCAACAGUUUUUGGUAACUGGGAACCGCUCACAAAGGCAAUUAGAAUUGUAAUGUUUGGAAAAAAUUCGCUGGACAUUGUUGGGUGGCUGCAUGCCAAAUGUAAUGCUCGAAAGUGGGGCAUAACAUUGUGCACCCCUGGCCUUCUUGCCUGGGGUUGGGUUGCAUUGACAUUUAUUCUGUCCCCGGUGUGGGUGAGGAAAAUAGACUCUGGGGUGAUUCAGAUGUCUAACAAGGGUGUGAGACUAAUACUUGUCCCGAGGGGAUUGCUACUGGGUAGCGGGUCCUCAAAUAAGUGUGAGGAAAGCAAAGACUAG